AUGAGAAAGUAUCCGAAAUGGCAUGGAGUGCAUGAUCUGAAAGAGAAGGUUGAAAUACAUGUGGGACAAUUAUUUGCAAACCCAUCUAAGUUUAAAGAGGCACUACAGUUGUAUGCAGUACAGAAUUGCUUCGAUUAUACAUACAUGCAUAACGACAAACAGCGUGUUUCAGCCUAUUCAAACCGAUACAUCGAUAGCUUCAGAGAUCAACCAAAUUGGAAGGCUAGUGCUUUGAAAGAGGCGGUUCGAAGGGAUUACAAUGUGGAGCUAACUUUGCUUGCUUGCCACCGUGCCAAACGAAUGGCAUUGAAGUUAUUAGCCGGAUCAGAUGAUGGGCAAUACAAACUUACGAGAGCAUAUUGUAAUGCACUACGUCAGUGGAAUCCCAGUAGCUCAACUUACAUACAAAGAAAUGGGCUAUUCUUCAAAAGGAUGUACGUUUCCUUAGAUGCUUGUAAGCGGGGUUUCUUGGCUGGAUGUAGGCCGAUGAUAUGUGUGGAUGCCUGCUUUAUGAAAGGUCAGCAUGGUGGGCAGCUACAUGCUGCCAUUGCACGGGAUGGGAAUAAUGACAUCUUCCCAAUAGCAUAUGUUUUAUGCGAGACUGAAAGUAGAGGCACAUGGACAUGGUUUUUGAACAGUUUGUUGGAGGAUAUUGGGAAUCCAAGGGAGCACACGUGGUCAUUUAUGUCGAACAAACAAAAGGGGCUGAUGGAAGCCAUAGAGUACCUGAUGCCUGAUGUGGAACACAGGCUAUGUGUUCGACAUUUGCAUGCAAACUUCAAGAACAAGGGUUACAAGGGCAAAGCGUACAAGGAUGCAUUGUGGGGUGCAGCUCGAGUAAUAAAUGAAAAUCAAUUCAAGUACUACAUGUCAGUGAUAAAAGGAAUAGAUACUGCAGCCAAUGAAUACAUUGCCAAUGUGAACCCAAAGAUGUGGUCAAGGCAUGCUUUUAGGGAGACCAGUUGCAGUGACAUACUUCUGAACAAUACAGCUGAAACUUUCAACGCAUGGGUACUUGAAGCUAGAGAUCAGCCCAUUCUUACUUGCAUGGAGAUGAUAAGGCGGCAACUGAUGAAUCGGAUUAGCCAAAAAAGAAAUGGUGCUGCAACAUCAACCAAUAUUAUUUGCCCUAAGAUUGUGAAAAAAUUAGACAGGAACAAGUCAGAUGCUAGGAAUUACAUCUCCCACUGGAGUAACGACUUGACAUUUGAGGUUGACCACAGAAAUGAAGCUAGGAGGGUUGUCAAUUUGAAAUCAAGAACCUGUGGAUGUUGUAGGUGGCAAAAGAAUGGGAUUCCAUGCCCUCAUGCUUGCUGUGCAAUUUACCAAAAUAGGGAAACUCCAGAAAAGUAUGUAAGUGACUGCUACUUAAUGGAUACGUAUAAGAAGUCAUAUGCAUAUAGCAUCGAGCCGAUGCCUAACCCUAAAGAUUGGGCUAUUAACAAUGAUGACGAAGUCACACUGCCACCUUUACCCAAAAAACAACGAGGUAGGCUGAAGAAGCUGGGCCACAACGCUAGGAGUUGCACCCGACCACAGAAUCCAAAUAGGAAGAUAUACCCAAAGAAGGUUAAGAAGCCACAACUGAACAUUGACACUGAGGGAGGUACCUCACAAACAAUGCAUCCAAUUGACAUACCCCAAUCAACUGCCACCGCAAGUGGACAAAGUAGAAGGCUAAGGCAUCACAGCCAGUGGGGCAACACCAACCUCAUCCACAGUCAACACAAUUCAGGGCAACACAAUAGGGAAUGCAAUUGGAAUGUAGUUGGAAUGUGA